CCCGCUGCUCCUGCUAAGCUAAGGAGGUUCGUACCAACAGAUGGUCCGCGUCAAACGCUCCGAAAACCCGCUUUCCUAUAAAAUGUGCCGCAUUAAGCGAUAACGGCGCAGUCGUAGGAAGAGCUACCCACCGCGGCAGCAGCGUCUUCAGUGAGAGCCAGUCACUCUCCGGGAACGCAUGCUUGUAUUUUAAGUUUACCGCAGCUAGCUGGCUAGCUCGUCAGCUCACCAAAAGUGAAACAGGAACGAGACUGAAAGCUCCAGGAGUUUGACUUCAGCACAACCAAAACAAGCAGCUUAUCCCUCCGUCAUCAUCAUGGAGUCCUGAAAUCUUCAGGCUACGGCGACUCGCCAGGUCGCUUGUGGUUGCUUUGGACCAGAGGCCUCUUCAGCCUACAGCCUGUCCGACCUCCCAGGCUGAGGGAGCGAGCAGAUGGGGAACUGGUGCUGUUGUCGCCAUGAAAGUCCCUGCGGCAGUUUGGAGGAAAGAAGCGGUUUGCUGACCAGUGACUCGAAGGCCACCCAGUUCACAGGUUGUAAAGCUGUGGCUGGCAAUUGCGGUCCUGAAGGAGAUGAUUGCAUGAGGGAUGAGGAGCAGAAGAUGAGUCCUGAGACCGGAGAGCAGGAGCCUAAUAACACUCAGGAAAAUGGACCCUUGAAGCAGGAAGUCAUUCAAAUAGAGAUGCCUCCGCCCUGCAACAUGUCUGAAGAAAACGCCACCGGAGUACAAGAUACAGAGGAAUCUCCUGCUCACAGUCGUCAACUUGCAACGCAGUGCGCUUCGGGGUCUGUCCAGGAUGAGCACACCAAAGCUGAUUCUGAGGUUUUAAAAGCACCAGAGAUAGAAGAAAACCCCCCCACGCAGGACAAAAUCCCAGAUGGCACCUCUCUGACACCUGAGGUGGUCUGCUUUGAAAAAACUCCGCAUACUGAGGCAAACACAACAGUAGAGCAAACUGCAGCGAGCACAACUCAUCAUGACGAAGAAGAAAAAGUGACUGUUGAAGCUGCAGCUAAACCAUCAGGGGAGUUUUCUGAAAAUCACCAAGUGUCAUCAGUGUUAAACAUGCUGCUGGCUGCAGCAGCCCCGGCAGCCCAGCUGUCAUCUGUGUCUGUGGGAAAGCAGGAGCCUGAACCUGAGCCUCUGACAUGUGCCGGGACAGAUGAUUCAAACAGCAGGGAGCCCAGUCCUGAAGACCCACAAAGCCGUGAUGUCUCCCAGUUGUCUUCUGGAUUGGAGCCCUCGGAACUCGACCACAGCGGUGAGGGACAGGACUCUGCCAGCUCAGUGAAGGAGCCAGAAACCACAGCUCCAGCAGACGCCAGAGAGAGGCCAGUGGGUUCAGAGUUUGCGAUAACAAAACAAACAAGCUUGCCGUUAGAUGAAGAUAAAAGGUCAGAUGUGGAGCGUACACCUUCAGUGUCAGAGGACCUCGCGUCUGUGGAGAAAACCAAGCAGGAACCAAUGUUAGUGCAGGAUAACGAUGAAGAUCUCCCCAAGGUCAAGGGGAACGAUGAAGAGAUAAAAGAGGAGAAGGUAGAGGCAGAGAGCGUGCCCACUGAGGCCGAGACUGAACCUGUGAAAGAUGCUGAAGGAGAGGAGGUUACAGGAAAAAAGGAGCAGCUGGCAGAGAGCGCAACCAAGAAUGUUAUGGCUGAGGCCACGGAGAAGGAAGACAGUGAAGAAGAUUUGUACAGAGGCGAAGAGGAGCUGUCUCCGUCACAGAAUAAUAAACCUGGACCACCGCCCGAGCUGGAGACAAAACUUUUAAAGGUGGAGGACAGAUGCAGUUUGUCACCGGCGGUGAAUAUUCUGUUGUACAGUGAGAGGGAGUGGAAGGGAAAUACUCCUAAAAGCGCUCUCAUUAAAAAGGGUUAUAAGGAGAUGUCCCAGAGCUUUGCCAGCGUACGAAGAGUCAGGGGGGACAACUACUGUGCCCUCAGAGCCACGCUGUUCCAAGUGUUGUCCCACAGCACCCAGCUGCCUGCGUGGCUGCAGAAUGAGGACGUCAUCAUGCUGCCGAAACAACUGGAGGCUCAGGAUGGGCUGAUAAGUCAGUGGACAUUUCCUGGAGUGUGCCUGCAGAGAGACGGGACAGGAGAUGCCGUCCAGCAGCUUAAAGGCUACAUGGAGCUUCUCCGUAACACGUGGCAGGCAGCGGUGGACUGUGCCACCGACGCUGAGCGUCAGCAGCUCUGUGAGCGAGUGUUUCAGGGUGGAAAAGAGGAGCUCGGUCUGCUGGAGGCUCUCAAGCUGCUGAUGCUGAGCAGAGCGGCAGAGCUGCACAGCUGCAUGCAGGGCGGUGAAGACGUCCCCCUCUUCUGCUGGCUGCUGUUCGCGCGGGACUCCUCCGACUGUCCACGCUCUUUCCUCUCCAACCACCUCAGCCACGUUGGCCUGACCGCAGGUCUGGAGCAGGUGGAGAUGUUCCUGCUGGGCUACGCCCUGCAGUGUACCAUUCAAGUUUACAGACUGUACAAGGCAGACACAGAGGAGUUUGUCACCUACUACCCGGACGACCAUAGGGACGACUGGGAAUCUGUGUGCCUCGUCACAGAGGAUGAUCGCCACUACAAUGUGCCCGUUGUAGAAGCUGCAGAAACACAAAAGGAGCUCGCCUCCAGCUGAUUGCCACUGCAGAAAAACCUCCUGCCAUACAAACACCCCUCAGGUUGAUCAAGAUUUAUCAAUUAAAGGUAUAGUUUUGGGAAGUGUGCUUAUUAAUUGACAGCCAGCAGUAAGUUUGCUUAGCUUACUACAAAGAUUGGAAGUAAAGGUUACAAACAUACAACUACCAGCACUUUUACUUGUUUUUUUUGUUUGUUUUUUUUUUAAACUUUAUCCACACAGAAAUCAAUGACACAUUAUGAUUUUCUUCUUCUCUGGACUCCAGUCUAGACAGAGGUGCCUCGCUAACCUUUCUCUAUUUCCUUAUCUAUUAACCUUUUGUGGUAAUCAAUGAUUUUAUCCUCUUGCUAAAUCAGUAACAGGUUAUAUAAUUGGCUUCAGAAAUUUUAAGCCAGGCUUUUGUUAAAUUUCACAUGUAAAUUUCACGUAACAGAGACUAAGCCAGCAAAAACACACCCAUGCUGUUGAGGAGAGCAGAACAGGUUAGACAGACACACAUGCAUCAGCACGAAUCAGCUGCUGCAGCUGUGCCGAGCAUGGAUCACAUCUGUCUGGACUGUUAGAUGAAAAAGGGAUCACAGAUCUGUUGCUUUAAAUUAUGAGCGAUCUUUAUCACUGUGCACACACUCCACUAGAAGUAGAGGUAAAUGCACGUUAACAGCCCAGUCUCAGUUUUAAUCUCCAUCAUAAAAAAGCUGUUUAAAUAUCAGCAGGAAAGAGAAACAACACAAACUCUUCUGUUGUGAUCGCUAGUUGGCUUAAAUUAAGAUGCUUCUGAAGGAAAGGUGCUGGUGGGAGGACGUUCUUACCUUUGGAAUGAGUGGUAACCUGAAACCUGCAGACCUCCACAAGAGACUGAUGAUUUUUGUUUUGGGCCUUUUAUUGGAGACGUUCCUGGCUAGUCAUCAAUUCUAAAAGGCAAAAAAAUCACUCAGAAAACUUUUAGAAUUGAGCAGACCUUAAAUCAGGGAUGUCAAACUCAUUUUAAGUGGGCCGGACAGAUGAAAAUCUCCUUUGUGUCAGCGUGAAGAAGUUUAACUACACAUUAAAUCUCAAAAUAAGAAGAAGUGCGAUUUCAACACUGCGUCUCAAAAGAAAUGCUGCUGCAGCAGACAAAAGAAAUCUGGGAUUUGAUUACAAAAAAUAAAUGUUACAAAUUACAGAAAAGUUCUGGUAGCUCAUUGCCCAGACUGUCCUGCAAUUAUGAAGCAUACGUUUUUAUUUUUAAUUUGUAUAAAAUGCCCUAUUUUAUUUAUCAAUUUUGCUGUGGACACGCUGUAAAAAAGGAGAAACUUCUCUAGUAGAUGGUGCAGCUUUUCUGUCAUUUAAUUGGUUAUCCAUUACUCAAUUACUAUCGUGCAGUAUGUGUGGCUGUGGAUCUUAAUCAGUAGGAAAAGCAGUAAAACACACAAAAAAAAACAGUCCAAUAUAAGUCCACGAUUUCUUACAUUGUCUAAAGAUAUCCAGUUGGCCAGAUUGGAGUCUUUGCCAGGCCGAUUCCAGCUCCCGGGACUAAAUUUGUCAAGUUAAAAAUUUGACAUUCUGCAAACAUUUUGCAUGUAUUUUAGGAUCUACAUGAAAAAGUCGAUCACAUUCCGCGUUAAUGAAAAGGUCCUGUUUUCAUCCAUGCAAGCACACCCCGGUGCAGAAUGUGGUUAAACCUGGCUUUAGCUGCUUGUUUAACCAGCUGUUUCAGCACCUGACGGGGGGGGGGCAACAUUUAAAUAACUAGUCAACUGGUACUGUUUGACAAAUAUUAUGGUCUGCUGUGUAGUAGGGCCCAUUCAAUAAGUUUUUGCUGCAGUUUUAGUGAGUUACUGCCUGAAUGUCGCACUGAUUACGGAGCGUAUCCGUCUAUGCACUGCACCCAUACAGUCUGUAUGUGGAGCUUUCUGGAUAACCUUGCGAGCAUUAGCUGACACGUUGACACAUCUGGCCCCAAAAACCAAAGUGCUUAAGGCCAUUAAGCAAACGUAACAUCACAGUGACUGUGUCCAUCUUCUGUAUACAGUCUAUGCUUUUGGCAGAGAACUGCUAGCUGUCCCCCCCCCUUACAGUCCUUAUGCUAAGCUAAGCUGACUGCCUCCUGCUUCACAUAUCUAACUCAGCAAAUAAGCACGUCCCAAAAAUCUUGGCCUAUUCCUUUAAAAAACAAAAAACAAAAAAAACACACAACAAAAUGCUGAUUCAAGACCACGUACAAGAUUUGGUUUACAUGUUCUUGUACACACUGUACUGUAUACACAGUUUUCUAUUUGGAUAUGUGUACAUAUCGGAUAUCCUGUGAUUAUCUCAGAUAGACGCAGAUUCCUUUGCAGGGUGUCAUUUUGGAAGGAAAAAAAGCAAAUUUUCUCAGAAGUCUUUUUUUUUUUUUUAAUGUAAAAUUUUGAGUGAAGCUGCCAACAGCGCCAAAAACUUUAGGUGAUGGUAUUUACACUGGAUGUUGGGCACUUUGAGUAUUAAUUUAUUGUUUUGUUUUUUAAAACAAGUGUGACCGUCUAAAUUCAUUAAGUGAAGCAGCUGAAUUAGUCAAUGAAGGGUUGGACGAUUUAUCAGGUUCAAUACCAGAUGACGAUCAGAAGAUUACUCGCAUCCUCUGUGUCAGAGGUGUGAUUUGUGGCAGUCUGUGUGUGCAUGUGUGUUUGACUUUGUGUGUAUGUGUGUGUUAAACUCAAUGUGUAACAUGCUGCCUUUUAACCAAGCUGUUCUGAAGGGAAGAAAUGUGCCAAUGUUGCUGCUAACACUGGCAACAGACCCAACCACCAGCCGCUGGACUCAUAAAAGGCUCGCUUGGUCCUCCAUGUUGCCUUAGAAAUAAUGCACAGUAAGAAUGAAUGUUGGAUAUUGGUGAUAAGAGGCCAUUUAUGUCUUAAUUCCAGAGCAGGUAAAGGUGAUUAACGAAAAGAAAAUGUUAUGCCAUUUGCAGGAAUGUUCUUGCACUGUCAAAAGUUUUGGACAGCAUUUAAAUAAAAUGAUUUUUUUUGGGGGGGUGGGGGUAAAGUUCUGGAUUGAGGUCUGUAGACAAAAUAAAACAGUGUAAAAACGUUCUUAAAGUGGAUCUUUCCUCUUUGUCUUAUGUAUACUAUUACAAUAGUGGAUGCUCAUUUAAAAUAGGGCCAGUGUGCUCGGCGUAUGCACAAGUAAUCGUUUUCAUCCCAUUUAAGAGUUUUCUUUUUUCUAAUCUUGGCUGCAUGAUGUCAGUGAGGGAGAGGAUAUCUCUAAUAUGGUCAUCUCACAAGCUCCACCCACAAGUUUGCAAGGGGCAGCCAAUUAGAAUAAAGUUGUGUUAAACAGGAUGAGGAUGAGUUUAAAAGCAUCUUAAACUGGGGCUUUAUGCAGCUCAUCCUCUGUGCGAAACAGGCCAUCUCUUUAAGGCUUCCAUAUUUUAACUCUUCACCCUCGGAUACCUUCUUGGGGUCACCCUUGUUUCUCUUUCCUGAACUGGUGUCUGACCUGCUUCCAGAACAAAAUGACUGGCUACGCAUCAGAGGUCUAGGUAUACCCUUGGAAAAACCUGGAAAUUACUCUUCUUAACUACGAAGCCACAUCUUUGUAGAUAUAUACUGAGUUGUCAAC